AUUGUCACGACAAUGACAUUGAUAAAAGAUUGAGGUUAUCAAAUCAAUUUUCAGGAAAUAAUCUACAUAAUCUUGAUAAUUAAGAAUAAAAUUAUGUGUAAUUAAGUGUUUGCCUCGUAGAAUAUUAAGUGUAAUUUUAUAAAAAUGUGGCAACUGCUGCAAACGAGCUCUUGUCAGCUUGUUAGACAAAGACUGCUAACAGCUAAAAGCAAUGUAUAUUUUACGAAUCUUAUGAAAAAUAAGCCGUCAAAUGUCGUAAAACGAUAUUUUUCGGAGGUCAAAACUUCGUCGGAGAAAAAUGCGAAGCCGGGGUUGUUGCUGCUCUGUAGUCCUUGGAAGUUGUGUACCGGGGUCAGUUUAGCGUUGGGGGCUCGUUAUUUCCUUAGCAACGGUCCUGCUUACUGCAAGGCGCACACAGUUCCUUCUAGGGUUAUACAAAGGAGGCCGAAUGUUGAGGAAGACAAUGCCAAGUUUGACUGGGAUAAAUUCCUCUCUUAUUUACAACCUCAUAAAUGGCUUUUAAUAGCUGCUGUAGGGUCAGCAUUAGUGGUGGCAUUCUUCAAUGUGUACAUACCAGCCGUGUUAGGAGAAGUUGUGAAUGUAUUGGCAAACCAGAGGUCGAAUCCUACGGCAGACUUCAUGGACAACAUCAGAGUGCCCGCGCUCAAACUGGUUGCCCUGUACAUUGGUCAGGCAAUAUUCACAUUCAUGUACAUCCACCUGCUAUCACAAGUGGGGGAGAGAGUGGCUGCGCAGAUGAAGCAGGAGCUCUUUGAGUCCAUACUGAGGCAGGACAUCGCAUUCUUUGACCAGGAGAGGACCGGCGAGCUUGUCAAUAGGUUAACAGUAGAUGUCCAAGAUUUCAAGAGUUCCUUCAAACAAACUAUUUCUGGUGGACUCAGAGCUACUACACAGGUGGUCGGUUCUUCAGUCAGUCUGCUGGUGAUAUCACCGCAGUUAACAGGACUCACACUACUGUGCGUGCCUUCAGUAGUCAUUGGAGGCACAUUCAUUGGGUCCUUGCUUAGGAAGCUCUCGAGAGAGGCGCAGUCGCAGAUAGAAAAAUCUACUCUCGUAGCGGAGGAGGCGAUAGCGAAUAUGCGCACUGUGCGUGCGUUUGCAGGCGAGGAGAACGAAGCGCAGCUGUUUGCGCAGGAGUGCAAGGCGGCUGCUGAACUUAGUAUGGAGUUAGGAUUGGGUAUCGGACUGUUCCAAGCUGGAACUAAUUUGUUCCUCAAUGGCAUGGUCCUAGGUACAAUGUUCAUGGGUGGGCACUUGAUGGCGUCUGGCCAGAUGUCUGCCGGUGACGUCAUGGCGUUCCUGGUCAACGCACAGACUGUACAACGAUCUGUAGCACAACUGUCCUUGUUAUUCGGGUCUGUCGUCAAAGGACUCAGCGCUGGAGGACGCGUGUUCGAGUACAUCAACAAGAAGCCAGUGAUGGACAGCUCUGGUUCGAAGGUGAUCCGGUACCACGAGUUCCACGGAGACAUUGAGUUCAAGGACGUCAGCUUCUCAUACCCUAGCAGACCAGAAGCGACAGUAUUGAAGAACUUCAACCUGAAGAUACCGGCGGGUAAGACCGUGGCCAUCGUCGGCACGUCUGGCAACGGCAAGUCUACGAUAGCUUGUCUGUUGGAGAGGUUCUACGACGUAGACGCAGGCCAGGUGACAAUAGACGGUGUAGACGUGCGGGAGAUGGACUGCAAGUGGCUGAGGGGCCGAGCCCUGGGCAUCAUCAGCCAGGAGCCCGUACUCUUCGCCACCACCGUCAAGGAGAACAUCCGAUACGGACGACCUGAGGCCAGCGAUGAGGAUGUAUACAGAGCCGCUCAAACAGCGAACGCUCACGACUUCAUAGUAGGCUUCCCCAACGGGUACGAUACGCUAGUGGGGGAGCGAGGGAUGUCCCUCAGCGGGGGACAGAAACAGAGGAUAGCCAUCGCUAGAGCCGUGCUCAAGAACCCACCCGUACUCAUAUUGGAUGAGGCUACAAGUGCCCUGGACUCGGCGAGCGAGAAAGUAGUACAAACAGCGCUAGAGACGGCGGCUAAAGGUCGCACCGUACUCGUCAUCGCGCACCGACUGUCCACUGUGAUGAAUGCAGACCUUAUUGUCGUGUUGAACAAGGGAAAUAUUGUGGAGAUGGGCACCCACGCUCAAUUGAAGAAGCAAAAAGGUUUCUACUGGAACCUCAUCAAGCAGCAGGAUCAGUCGGCUGAAGCUAACACGGCUGGUAUGGCUAGCAUGGCUUUAUGAGAGCAUUUUGACGUACAAUCUACCAAUAAAUAAGAGCAAUUGAAUUUGACACUUAAGGUACUGGUAAUAAAGUGUAUUAUUUUGUAGAUACUCUAGUAAUCAGUUAGAAACCGGAGCAAUUGAAUUUGACACUUAAGGUACUGGUAGUAAAGUAUAUUAUUAUGUAGAUACUCCGGUAUUCAGACAAUCCUAAAGGUGUUUGUUUUGGUGCCUCUUGCUUUGUUAGUUUAUGGCCUGAGUCUGAGGUGUAGGGUUUGUAGGACCCACGACACUGGAGAAAAUUCUAUCAUGAAGCUUCUAGACAGCAGAAAAAAUAUCAAUAAACUAGAUUGUGUGAGGAAUUAUGUAAAGGAAAAACAUUGUGAUGUGAUGAGCCGACACUUAGUGACUUAUGAUAUAAAGUAAAAAGGAUAUAUUUAUAUUACAUAUUUAUUAUUGCACGUAGUUUUAAAAAUACACUAUACGCAGUAAUGAACAAAAACCUGCUUAAUACUGUGAAUUAGAGUACUCAAUAAAUUAGUCCAUAGUUAGUUGAAUAUUUCAAUGAAAUACUUAAUUUUUAGACGGUAAAUGGAACUGUUACACCUUUAUAAACCUUAUUUCGUGACCGAUGACAGCUGUCAAAAGUGACAGUUGACAGAUGUAAGUGACGUUACUAUUCUUAUUUCGAUAAAAAUAUAAUCCGGCCGUCUCAAAUUGCUUAUGUCUUCACAAUACUACGAAUAAUAUAAUUGCUAUCCUGUAUAGUCUGAGGGCUUAGUACGAGUUUGUAUUGUGUUUAACAAAAUCGACGCGUUACCCUGUUCUGUGAUAUGAUUGGCUGCUACAAUAAACCAACCAAUCAGAGCGCCGAAUGCGGUAGCGUUUGUAUACAACGCACUUGUGUUGCUACCAAUAGUAGGUAGAUUAAGAACUAAUAGCUCAAUUUAGCUAUCUUUUUUAAAUAUUAGUUAUUUAAUUGUAUACAAGUGUAUACUGUUUAGUCCUGAUUUUUAUAACAAAUGGCUACCUAUAAGUGCUAGUGAUUAGUUUUAAGGGUAAUAAUUUAUUUACUUGUUUUAUUUUGAUUAUAAAAUUCUCAGUAACAUCACAGAAUCUAGGAAAGUUAUGAUUAAGUUCAAAGUAACGAUAGAUUUAUUGUAAUGUUCAAAUGAUAAAGGUGAAUAUUGAUCUAAUUGUAUCUAUGACAAUACGCUUAUGGUGGGUCACAAUUCAAAUUGUACAAUACAUCACACAUACAUAGUUUCCUCAGUCAAAAAUAAAUUAUUUCGACUGUUCAAUACAAUAAAAUGUACAAAAAUAAUCACACUUUCAUUCAUAGAUUUGAUGGUCAACAUAAUUUUCCAAAUUUUCUAGAAACGAGUCUGCUAUUUGACAUAAAAAUUUGAAGACGUCAUAACGAACUAUUUCAUACAAAAUAACGUUUUUGACGCUUAUUAGUUUACUGUAAAACGACUUAUUUAGAUUCCGUGCUGUUACUGCGAAUUUUCACAAAGAUAUUAUUUUGUGAAUCACAAAUGUAAUGUAUAUGGUGUGUAUUAAUUUUUCAGGUUAUUUUUUAGUAAUAAAAGUAAACAAUUUAUUUAUUUACAUAGCAAAAUGUAUUAAAGUGUCCUUACAUUGAUUGAUGAAUUCCAC